GGAACGAGGAGGAUCAGACUCUCCGCAGCAGCGCCGCUGUUUCUUAUAUAUUAGAGAGAAAUUGUCACGCAGUAUGGGAAAUACGGAUUCAAAGCUCAAAUUUCGGAAAGCGGUGAUACAGCUGACCACGAAAACGCAGCCAGUGGAAGCCACAGAUGAUGCCUUUUGGGACCAGUUUUGGGCUGACACUGCCACCUCAGUCCAGGAUGUUUUCGCACUUGUGCCAGCCGCGGAGAUCCGAGCAGUGAGAGAGGAGUCUCCUUCCAAUCUGGCAACCCUGUGUUAUAAGGCAGUGGAAAAGCUGGUCCAGGCAGCAGAGUCAGGAUGCCCGAGCGAAACCGAAAAGCAGGUUGUGCUGAACUGCACACGCAUUCUAACCCGCAUCCUGCCCUACAUCUUUGAAGACCAGGACUGGAGGGGCUUCUUUUGGUCCACUGUUCCUGGGGCCGGCCGAGCUGGACAGAUGGAUGACAUGGACGACGAUGAUGAGGGAGCACGGCCACUGGCCGAGUCUCUUCUCCUUGCCAUCUCCGACCUGCUCUUCUGUCCCGAGUUCACCGUGCAGAGCCAUAAGAGAGGAGGACCCGAUUCACUGGAAGAUAUGCAGUCGCUGGACAGCUGCGAAUACAUCUGGGAGGCAGGGGUGGGCUUUGCACAGUCGCCGCCACUCAACUACAUCCAUGAUCUUAACAGGACAGAACUGUUAAGGCUGUUGCUGACCUGUUUCUCUGAGGCCAUGUACUUGCCACCAUCUUCUGACGGCAACAUCAUCAAUCCCUGGGUCACUUUUUUCUGCUCCACUGAGAAUAGGCACGCCUUGCCUCUGUUUACCUCCCUGAUUAACGUGGUGUGUGCAUACGACCCAGUGGGCUACGGCAUUCCCUACAACCACUUGCUGUUCUCAGACUACAGGGAGCAGCUGGUGGAGCAAGCAGUACAGAUCCUCAUCGUCACUCUGGAGCUUGAGAAUACUCAGCCUCAGCGUGCUCCCUCCCCCUCCAGCAUGGACGAGCAGGAUUCUGUAGGCCCACAAAACCUGUUUGUGAACUACCUGUCCAGAAUACACAGGGAGGAGGAUUAUGACUUUGUGCUGAAAGGCCUUGCUCGCCUGCUCACUAACCCACUCACACAGACCUACCUGCCCAACUCAACUAAAAAGAUCCAGUUCUACCAAGAGCUUCUGGUUCUCUUUUGGAAGUUUUGUGAUUUUAACAAGAAAUUCUUGUUCUUUGUUCUGAAGAGCAGUGAUGUGUUGGACAUCCUGGUACCUAUUCUGUACUACCUAAAUGAUGCCAGGGCUGAUCAAUCCCGUGUUGGUCUCAUGCACAUCGGUGUGUUCAUUUUGCUGCUGCUGAGUGGGGAAAGGAAUUUCGGAGUGCGUCUAAACAAACCAUACUCUCUUCGUGUCCCGAUGGAUAUUCCAGUUUUCACCGGCACACAUGCCGACCUCCUCAUUGUAGUUUUCCACAAGAUCAUCACAAGUGGCCAUCAGCGUUUGCAGCCACUCUUCGACUGCCUGCUCACCAUCGUAGUGAAUGUGUCUCCUUACUUGAAGAGUCUGUCUAUGGUGGCAGCCAAUAAGCUUCUGCAUCUUCUGGAAGCCUUCUCCACCAACUGGUUCCUGUUUUCUUCUGCUCAGAACCACCACUUGGUCUUCUUUUUGCUGGAGGCAUUUAAUAACAUAAUCCAGUACCAGUUUGAUGGCAAUUGCAACUUGGUGUACGCCAUCAUCCGCAAGCGCAACGUCUUUCACCAGCUUGCCAACCUGCCCACGGACUCUACAUCCAUCCAGAAGGCACUGCAAAAGAAGAAGAAGUCUCCUGAUGCCCCCUCUCGCACCAACUCCCAGGAGACAGUUUCCAUGGAGGGCUCCCGGCCAGCCGUACCUGCCGAGCCGGGCACACUGAAGGCCAGCCUUGUGGCCAUGCCAGGUAUUGAUAAGCUAACAGAGAAGUCCCAAGUAUCAGAAGAUGGUACCAUGGUCACAGUGCCAAAGACAGAAUCUCAUCAGUCACCGGAACACGGUGUGUUGAGUGGGGCCAGCGACACCGAGUCCAACUCAGGUCGAGAUAACGAGGCUUUACAGUUGAAACCCAGAGCAGACAUUGAGAGCUAUUACCUGAUUAAACAAUCAAUCAAACAAAACAGUCCUUACCAGGCCAACAAGAAACACCAGUCAGUCAGAUCAACUACAAUCAAAGAUGUUUUUUACACAGAGGCGGAAAUGGCGAGGAGACGGCUGUCGAGUGCAUCGUCGGCUGCCACGUACUGGGUUCCAACACCAGAGUGGGUCAUGUCCUGGAAGAGCAAGCUUCCUUUACAGACUAUCAUGCGGCUGCUCCAGGUCCUGGUGCCCCAAGUGGAGAAGAUCUGCAUUGACAAGGGCUUAACUGAUGAAUCAGAGAUUCUGAAAUUCCUCCAGCAUGGUACUCUGGUGGGCCUUUUGCCUGUGCCACAUCCUAUUCUCAUUAGAAAAUACCAGGCUAACGCAGGAACCGCCAUGUGGUUCCGCACAUACAUGUGGGGCGUUGUCUAUCUCCGCAACGUGGACCCACCGAUCUGGUACGACACAGACGUCCGACUCUUUGAGAUCCAGCGGAUGUAGAAGGGCAGAUCCAUGAGUUGCCUAUCACUGACUGAAUAGAGGGCUGGUUUGUGGUUUCUGACUUCACCCCUCUCACUCAUCGAACACCCGCUUUUAGAGCUUAGUCUUCAUACCAGCACAGUGCUGUAUGUCUUCUCAUAAGUCUCACAGGUUUAUUUCAGUAAAAUGGAUAAAGAUGAUCAUGUCAAAAUUUUGGCAUUCAACGACUCUCAUAAUCUGUAACAGGGUUCAUGACUCAUUGAGUUGGCAUAUGUGUCUGUGCGUGGAUGCUUAGAACGUCUACAAAUGAUAACGUUUCUACAUAUAGCUCUGCCUUUUGAUAAGACCGUAUAAUGUCCAACAGCUUAAACCAUUGAUAUUCUCACACUGUGGAUAUAUGGAAAAUUUUCUGCCACUGUAUAUAAAAAACAUAUACAUAUAUAUUUGUUGGAACCAUAAUUUGAAAUUCUAGUGAUUUUGGUUGCAUGUCGUCCAGUAGUAAGUGGCGUCAGUAGGCUAGUGUGACCCUUGCCAUUUGACUUUGAGUGCGUUACCAUGCACAUGCCACUAGAAGGCAGCAAUGCUCCAGCCAACUCUGCUGAUCCUGCAUUCGCUCGUUUUUGUAGGUUGCCAUUAAUCCUACUUGUGACUCGUGGUUACCAGAGAAAUGUCCGCAUCCCCUUUUGCUCUUGUUUUCAGGUUGACGUUUCACGAAAUGCUAUCAGACUGGAAAAUAUUUCAGCCAGUAACAGUCCACAUGUUGCACCAGUAUUGUAACUGUAAACAAAUUAUUUGACAUGUGCUCAUGAAAAUCAUUUAUGGUGACCUGAUAUUACUAUUUUUGUCUGCAUAUCAGAUUUGCUAAUGAGAUGAUCUAAUGUAUAUACUGUGCUCAAUGUUUAAAGUAAAAUUUUUGUCACUAUAUAUAUAUAAAUAUAUAUAAAUAUCUAUACUGAGCUCAAAAACAUGUCAUGUGAAUCAUUUUAUAUGGUUGCACAUACCAAUUUGUCUUCACAAUUUCCUUGUUUUACAUCUGGGAACAAACGUUCGGUGGCUCUUUACAACACGCUAAUAAUGAGAGUGACUGACAGAAAGAGGAAGCGACCAGUGAUUACUGUGGUUUUGUAAUCAUGUAUAGGAUGGGGAAAAACAGAU